AUGUCAAAUUGCUUUAGGCGCUUUCCGCCUACUAUUACUACUAUUAAAUUAUUUAAUAAAAGUUGUGAAAAGUAUUAUUUGCAUAAUACCUCAAACUUCUCUCAACAUCCUUCGGUUUGCUAUACUACCAAACAACAACAAAGACCUAUUUCACAUGUUGCCGGCAUCAACCCUUUUCGCCUUGCAAUUAUCGGUAGUGGACCAGCAGGGUUCUACACAGCCCAGCGAGUUUUGAAAAGCUGUUCGUUUGCCACGGUAGACAUGUACGAAGCGCUGCCGGCUCCACACGGGUUAGUUCGAUACGGUGUAGCCCCAGAUCACCCGGAAGUCAAGAACGCUCAAAAUAGAUUUGAUGAGGUUGCGCGUGAUCCAAGAUAUAGGUUUGUGGGUAAUGUGAGUAUAGGCACAAACCUCACAAUCAAUGAUCUCAAAGCACAUCACGAUGCAAUAGUGUUAUCGUAUGGCGCGACAGAGGAAAAAACCCUGGGAAUCGAAUUCGAAGACGGUGCGGUGUUGAAGAAUAUUUUUUCUGCACGAGAAUUUGUAGGAUGGUAUAAUGGGAUGCCGCAGUACCGUAACUUGAUGCCGGAUUUAACGAGAUCGGAUACGGCUGUGGUGAUUGGUCAUGGAAAUGUUGGGUUAGAUAUUGCGCGCAUUUUGUUGAUGGAUGUUGAUGUGUUGGCAAAAACUGAUAUUACAGAGUACGCGUUGUCGGUGCUACGGAAUAGUAAGAUACGGAAUGUUGUUCUAUUAGGAAGAAGAGGUCCAUUACAGGUUUCAUUUACCGCCAAAGAACUACGCGAAAUGAUGAACCUGCCAAACGUCAAAUUCGUGACUGACUCCAACUUUGUAAAUCAAGAAAUAAAAACACAUGCCGAUUUGAUUUCGAAAGAUCGUCCGUUGAAGCGGCUAAUGCAAAUUAUCGAAAAGGGACUUAUUAAUACUAUAGCUAUCAAUAAUCAGCCUGAAAAAUCAUGGACAUUGAAGUUUCUACGAACCCCAAUAGAAUUUAUUCCAAAUAGUAAAACGAACCCUUCGUAUGUGCAAGGAUUGAGAUUAAAUGUGAAUAGACUUGAGGGUCCAUUCGAGAAACGCAUCGCGGUUCCAAUUGGUGAUGUAGAGGAAUUAGAAGCUAGUUUGGUAGUGAAGAGCCUUGGGUAUCGUAGUAUACCGUUAGAGGGUGUUCCAUUCGAUCAUAAAAGAGGAUUGAUACCUAAUGUGAAGGGUAAAAUAUUGGAUGAAGAGGGCAACGAGUUACCCGGAUUCUAUGUCUCCGGAUGGAUCAAAAGUGGCCCAAGCGGAGUAAUAGCCGCCACGAUGUACGACGCGUUCGAAACAGCCGAAACCAUACUAUCGGAUAUCGACCAGAAAAAACCAAUAAUUCCUAGUUCUGGGAUAGGGCCUAAACAAGGCGCGGACGCGAUAAUACCAUUACUAAAAGAACGAGGUGUGCGUACUGUGUCGUAUGAUGAUUGGAAGAAAGUCGAAGAGAAAGAGAACGAGUUAGGCAGACAGAAAGGAAAACCGAGGGAGAAAGUUGUUACCACUGAGCAAGUCUUGGAAAUAUUGGGAAAUUGA